UUGACGUGAAGAGAGAGGGCAAACGUGAAGGUUAGAAAAACCCUAAUUUCUAUUACAGACUUGGGACGUUAAAACUUAAUGACGAUCAUGUCCGAUCUUCCGCAGGAUUUGGAAGAGGAGAUACUUUCCAGAGUUCCGAUAACAUCUCUGAGAACAGUGAGAUACACUUGCAAACGAUGGAACCGUUUAUUGAAAGAUGGGAGCUUUAUAAAGAAUCAAUGUGACAAGGAGUUCCUAGCGAUCAAGGGCAACGGUUCUAAGGUUUGUUUAGUGAGUAUCAAUCUCCAUAGAAACCAACCUAUAAAGCAAAUAGGUAAAAUUAAACUACGAUAUACAUCUAGAUUCAUUCAGUGCAACGGCUUAGUGUUAUGCUUCCCCGAGGAAGGCAACAUUAAAAGGUUGGUGGUUUGGAACCCAUAUUUGGGUCAAACCAGGCGUGUGGAACCAAGGUCUUACGGCAAAAGAGAUCAUGAGUACGGUUUCGGAUACGACAAGAACAACAACCACAAAAUCUUGAGGCUUAUCUAUGAUUUUAAGUACAAUUUAACGCAAGAAAUCUACGAUUUAAAGUCUAACUCAUGGAAAGUUCUCCCUGCCCCUUCAGCUAUAGUGCCUACGCCCAUUAUAUGCGAUACAGGUGUUUCAGUAAAAGGAAGUUCUUACUUUCUGGCUAAGGAAAGAGGAGACAAAGCUGUAGAAGUAGUAGGUAAGGCAUUUUUCUUACUCGGUUUCGACUUUACAAGAGAGGCAUUUGGACCGCGUCUGGAACUGCCGUAUCUCUCUGAUGUUGAAGACUAUAAGGUUCUAUCAGCUCUCAGAGAAGAGAAGCUUGUGGUAUUGCUCGAGGGGCGCUCCUAUACACAUGAGAUGGAGAUAUGGAUUACAGAUAAUGUUGAGCCCAACGCCGUGUCGUGGAACAAGUUUUUAGCCUUUAAUUUUGCAACAGUCACUGGUUUUAAGUAUUCGGUUUAUGCUCAGAGGGGUUUCUUCGUGGACGAGGAGAAGAAAGUGGUAGUGUUUUCUGAAAUGACCACGUAUGGACCGCACAACCAGACCAGGGGCUGCAUCAUUCGGGAGGGUGGAUACUUGAAAAAAGUGGAUCUUGGAGAAGAAUCUAGCAGUGAUGGCCCAUAUGUCUGCUCUUAUUAUGCUCCAAGCGUGGUGCAAAUUUAACCAAUCUAUCAAGGAAAAAAAAUAAACUAGGCUUAUAGAUUAGCCUAAAUGUUUUAUCUUUUUUUUUAUCAAUAGCCUAAAUGUAUUAUCAUAAUAUAUUUUUCUUUUCUUUUAUUUUUUUUAUCUUUCUUGAACAAGA